UAUUAGGAUAUUAAUUUAUUCACAAUGAAUUAUAAACAGUGGAGUUUAUUUGUCAUUUAGCAUAUUGUGUCUUAUCAGAAUAGUUAACAGGUUUUUGCAAUAUACUUCAGGAAUGCCAGAUAUUAAAAUCACCCAGCAUAUGCUUAAUAAUAUCGAAUACGAUCGUGAUUCAUUUGUGCAUAGUGAAAAAGUGUCUGGAAAGAUGGCUGACGUUGGUUGCAAAUGCACACCAACAAUUUUAAUUGUUGGUGAUAAAGCUGAUGUAAAUGCUGCUGCUUAUCAUUUAGCACAAUCAUUGCAGUCCCCUUUAGCUGCUGAAGUUAUAGUUACGGUGCUUGUGGCUGAGUCGAUCCGUAAAUCAUUUUUGGAGCGCUUACAGCCGCAACUCAAAGCGAUUUCGGCUGAAGCUGCGCAGGACGUAGAACGAAAUACAGUUUUGGCUUUGAUAAACAAACACAGUUGGGAGACCAUUUCUGUCAACGAGUUGGGAGCCAAUUCACCGGUGCUUGUUUGCGAUGUGACCCAUGAGCAUCUGGGAACCGGUUACAAUGGUAUUGCCACGUUACACACUUUUCGCACUGUACAGGAAGCAAUUAGCUUGUGUGGAAAAGAAACGUUAAAAGCCGUUAACGCAUCCAUUUGGACAAGUCAUCAUGCAAGUGCCUACGAAAUAGCAUUAAAGAUUGAUUGCGAUAAUAUAUUUAUUGACUGCCAUCAAAUAUCUUUGGACCCAUUGCUAAAAGCCUCUUCAGCUUCUGGUAAUGCAUCUUGUGCAUUGGUUGAAAACAAUUAUCACUACGAAACACUAAUAUUAAAGGAUGGGAGGAAAAAUAUAGUAUUCCCUAUUGGAACCGCUAUCACCAACUAAAGAAUAUGCGAGCCAUAUGAUGGAAGCUCUGAUGUUGCCUUAGAUUUGGUAUUUGUAAUUGCUGCUGUUUUUUGUAAUUUUGUAACUAACUUUUAACGAUCCACAAAUAUUAAUAAAU